AAUAAAUUGAAUAGUGGCGACACAAUGUUGCCUACCUAUGUCCUAAAUGUACAUAGAAUUCAAUUCCGAUGGCAUCAACUUGAAAGUGGGAAUAAGAUACUAUCUAAAAUGGCCUGAUCUUGUAACAAUAAAAACGUGAUUGGAAAAUAUAACUAAGCGUGUAAAAAGGGAGAAGUCUAAAGCGCCAAAAGCAGCAUAUUGGAAUCAACGUUAAUUUAAAAUUGUUUUAUAGUUUCGACUUUCGGAAACUUAUAAAGAAAAGCGCCAUGGUUUUGGCUGGAGUCGGAAAAGCGUGAAAUCUACAAACACGAUUUACUUGGUGAAUAGAACAGUGUCGUGUCGUGUCGAGUGCCCGGUGGUGGGUGGAAAUUCGUCUUUUCUGUUUUCUCUCGUCGGCGGCGAUGGCCGGAGAAGUCUCCAACUCAUCUGCUAAAGAGAAAGCCAACUGUCAUCUUCUUAAACCAGACACUGCAGCGAAUCUCGUUGAUUCCGUCGAUGCCUUUCUCUUCGACUGUGACGGUGUCAUUUGGAAGGGAGAUUCUCUGAUUGAUGGUGUUCCUGAUACUCUGGAUACACUUCGAGCUAUGGGGAAAAAGCUGAUUUUUGUUACGAACAACUCGACAAAGUCCAGACAGCAAUAUGCCAAGAAGUUCCAUUCCCUUGGCAUUUCCGUUUCUGAGGAUGAGAUUUUUUCUUCAUCAUUUGCUGCGGCCAUGUACUUGAAAGCCAAUGGCUUUCCUAAGGAAAAAAAGGUGUAUGCAAUUGGUGGACCAGGUAUAUUGGAGGAAAUGACCGAUGCAGGUUUCACAUGUCUAGGUGGUCCUGAGGAUGGGAAUAAAACUGUCCAAUUAAAUUCAAACAGCCUAUUUGAGCACGACAAGAGUGUGGGAGCUGUGGUGGUCGGGCUUGACCUAUACAUAAAUCUUUACAAGCUGCAGUAUGCGACACUAUGUAUACGUGAGAACCCAGGAUGCCUGUUUAUUGCCACAAACCGUGAUGCUACUGGAAAUCUAACUGAUCUGCAAGAAUGGCCUGGUGCUGGAUGCAUGGUUGCUGCAGUAUGUGGCUCAACACAGAAGGAACCGGUGGUUGUUGGAAAACCAUCUACAUUUCUAAUGGAGUUUUUACUGAAAAAUUUCAACAUCCCGACCUCUAGGAUGUGUAUGGUUGGCGAUAGAUUGGACACUGAUAUUUUAUUUGGACAAAAUGCUGGCUGUAGAACCCUUCUUGUUCUUACAGGCGUGACGAAUCUUUCAAGCCUCGAAGAUCCAUCAAAUGAUAUACAGCCAGAAUACGUUACAAGCAGUGUUGCCGAUAUAGCCAAAUUGGUUAAGGAUCAUCAUUGAUCAAUCGGGUAAAGUUAUUCUUCCUUUUUGUAACAUUGCCAGUUGCAAAAUGAUUAUGACAAUGGCCAUUACAUUCUGGUCGAAGCACCCUUAUCUAUUUAUGGCUCUGUUAUAUUGUUGAAAACUCUGAUAUUAAUUCUAAGCAUUGCUUUUCUUGUAUUGGAUGAUUAAACAGCAGUCCAUCGAAAUUUUAUUGAAAUAUUAUUGUGUUAAA